AUGAACGUCCUGAUAAUAGGUGCGGGCUCUACAGGUCUGCUCCUAGCGCAAGGUCUGAAGCAGGUACGUAGUCCUCUUCUUCCCGCAAACGUCACUGUAUGCGAACGAGACAGCCAUGAGCGGUACCAUGGCCGACCGCGAGACUGGGGCAUGACGCUCCAUUGGGGCCACAAGCUUCUCCGCCAGAUGCUGUCGCCGGACCUGCGUCAACGCAUACACGAGGCAGUCUGCAAUCCUCAUCGCGGGCGGGACUCGGAAGAACUUGUACACUAUGCCGGUCACACGGGCGAAGUCCUGUUCAGGACGCCCGUGACGGAUGCUGUACGGGUAAGCAGGCGGAAGUUGCGAAUGCUGCUUAGCGAGGGUAUAGACAUCAGAUUUGGCAAAUUGCUUAGGUCGAUAGUGAAGACCGAUUCAAAUGUCGUUGCUAGUUUCGAAGACGGCGAUCACAUCGAGGCUGACCUGAUUGUCGGCUGCGAUGGAGCUCACUCCCGAGUGCGUGCUCAGCUGCUGGGCGAGGAAGCGGCUACGGCGAAGCUGCUUGACGUCUACAUGUUCAAUUUCAUAGCGCGGUACGAUGCCGACACGGCACGUAUGCUCUGGGAGAAUCAUCCGGUCUUCUUUAACAGUGUCCACCCUAACCGCUCCUUCUUCUGGCUUAGCACACAGGAAGUACCGGAUCUGGAACGGCCUGAAACCUGGACCUUUCAAAAUUUGCUGGUUUGGAGAGGCGCACCGACACCCAGUGAUCUUAAGACACAAGAGCUGAGGUCAUCAUACUUCAGAAGCCAAGCAGAUGCUUUUGCAGAGCCAUGGAAGACCGUUUUUAAGAGCCUACCAGAGAAUGCCAAUCUCGACAUUGACACAGUCUCGAUCUGGAAGCCGAUCAGAUGGUCCGACUCAUCGUUAGCCGGCAGAGUGACACUUGCUGGAGACGCUGCACACGCGAUGUCACCCCACCGAGGCCAGGGUCUUAACGCGGCGUUUGAGGAUGCCGCAUUGUUGACGCAGCUACUGUCGAAUGCAGAGCAGUGCCCUCAAGCUUGGCAAGCCGCGGUGAAUGCUUAUGAUGAAGAGAUGCGGCCACGUGGGCUUCGAGAAGUACAGAUUUCCGAAUCGAUGGUCCAGAUGUUCCACGACUGGGAUAAUGUAGUGGGUUAA